AUGGGAAACACUGGUAACACUAAUCCUUGGCAGAGCACUACGUUAUUAAUGUCUUUGGACAGUGUAGAUCUCGUGUUACGGCGGUUCUGGGAGAUAGAGGAAGUACCAAAUUCGUCAAAGACGAGUCCAGCAGAAGAGAAGUGUAAGAGCAUUUAUCUUUCAACGACUACACGAGAGUCGGACGGCCGAUGUGUUGUACAUUUGCCAUUAAAUUGCAAACUACCACAACUUGGACAAUCACGACAAAUGGCCCUCAACCGACGUUCACGUUUAAAAACCCGACUAGAGAAGUUGCCGCAGUUACGACAACAAUACAAUACUUCCAUGCAUGAUUACCUCGAUAGCGGUUACAUGCAAAUAGUACCAGAAGGUACACCCGAACCGGAACAUGCUUAUUAUACUCCACAUCAGGUAGUGAUUAAACCUGACAGUACUACUACAAAAAUGAGAGUGGUGUACGAUGCGUCAGCUACUACUUCAAACGGGAAGUUAUUGAAUGACAACUUAUUUUCUGGUAAACAAUUACAACAAGACUUGCUAGGUAUAAUCAUCAGGUUCCGGAUACACGCAGUUGUGGUUACAGCUGACAUUAAGCAAAUGUUCAGACAAAUCAGCGUUACUCCCGAACAUAGACAAUAUCAGAGGCUCCUUUACCGAUUUUAA